AUGAAUUAAACUGCUACAGUUCUCACUAUAUAAAAAAGAAAACACUUACUAUACGCUUGUUUAGCCUCUCUUUUUGGAGGAUAUUAAUUGUACCUGCCAACCAAGGCAAUUCAUCCUAAGGAGUAGGUUAUAAUAUAAUUAGCAGCUGUAAUUCAACCCUAUCUCAUUGCAAAAUUUUUGGAUAACUACAUUGUUGUAUUAAUAGUACCUGCAUUUAUCAAUUUGCAACUAUAGUUCAUCAUGAAUUAUUUCACAGCGAAUGAGCAUCGCAAAUCAGGAAAAUAGGUUGGAAUGUAAAUUGGAAUGCUGUUUUUUUAAACUCUAGUAACUGCUUCAGCUAUCAAAUAUGAAGGAACCGUUAUUGAUGCAGUUGUAUUUUUUUUCUUGUUUCCUCGUGAAUAAAAUGUUGAACUUGGAUUUACUCAAUUGGAGUUAUACUCCAGAUCCAGUUACGCUCUCUUGUUUCUAACUCUGAUUCUGAUUUUGACUCAUGCUAACAGAAUGAUCAUAGCCAAUAUAAUCAGGUACAUCUAUUAUUUCACACCAAUACUCAUUUGGAUCGGAUUGUUUGGAUAGUUUUCCUAAUUUUUAGAAUAUGUGUGUGAACAAUUCAAUUUUCUAAUGGGAUCAUCCUAUCAAUCAAGUCAGAAACGCACAUAUUUAACAGUAUUAUUAAAUGUUGCAUUGAUUGCAAUUUGUUUAGGAUUAUCAUACAUAGAUGAGCAGAGAAUUGCAAUAAUUAUAAGUGGUUGUUUGAUAAACAUCAAAAUGUUCAAUAUUUUUGGAUCCAUAAAUUAAGAUCAGAAACAACUUUACAAACAGCAAAAUCUUGAUAGAUUAUAUCUGUUUUACAAUCUAUUAAGUUCAAUUUUGAAUGUAAUUUCAACCAUUUUAUGCGGGACAUUGGCAUCCUCUUACUAUAAGGAAUUAUAUUAUGCUAUAAUUGUUUUGUUUACAAUUUACAUGAUAAUUCAAUUCCAAUUUCAAUAAUAUGUGAAAUACUAUAAAAUCUUUUAUGCUGCUAUUGAAUAUGCAUGUAUAUCUAUGAUGGAUUAUGAGUUUGAAGGCAUCUUCGCUUAAAGAUUAUUAGAAUGUACGACUAUAAUCAGAUUGUACAGUCUGAUCCACUCAAAUCCCACCUAUUUAUUUUUCGAAUAAUUAGUGUGUUUUAUCGUUUCAUUCACUACAAGUUAUUCGAUGGCUUACUGUUAAUUGAUUGGGUUCUUGGUGUAGAUAGCUUUGAGAUUUGGAAUAAGAACGAAAUCUCGAUUUGUAAUAUGGAUAAUAGCAAAUUAUAAGAUGUUGACAGUGAAGAAGUAGAAAGUAGAGGGAGCAGCACUUAUUACAUCUUUGUAAUUAUUAAUGUGUCCCAUAACAUUCUUUAUUAUGCUUAUUUCCAGCAUCUUAGACAGUCCUUACAUGCCAUUGUUGGGAUUGCCCAUUUUCUAUUUUUCAUCUUUGAGACCUUUUAGAAAUACAAUUCAUAUAUAGAAACACUUGAGUAAUUCAGCAGAGGGCUAAAUCUACAAUUUCUAUUUGAGUAAGUCAUACAACAAAUUAUUGGGUUCUCAGCCUUUGUGGAGUCAUUAUUUAAUACGAAUAGGGAAAUACCUGGGAGUAGUGUAAGUCUUAGAAUAUUAAGGAGGAUAUGCAGUCAUUCAAUUUAAGGGUUUGGAAUCCUAGGAUACCACAAGUUGUCAUAGCAUAGAGGCUAGGGAGGUUGAUAGAUUGGUUAAUGCAUAGGAUUGCGGAUCAUAUUUUGGAAGUGCCUUAACUUUACAAAAUCAAUUCUCAGUUCCUGGUUAUGAGGAAAAUUAGUUGACUUUAACAGGGAUUAUAGAAGCCACUGAAUUUGUUAGUGGAUUUAAAACAAUAUAUUUAAAGAUGUUAUGUUAUUAAGCUUAAAAGUUAACUGAGACUAAUAAGAAAUCCAUUAUUGAAUUAUCGAAGAGAUUCGAAGGUCCUGAACAUCCAUUCCCCAAUUAAUUUGCAGAUUUAAUUGAAUUAAAAACUAAUUUCUUAUCAUUUAUGAGCGAAGACUUAGAAUAAGAUGAGGGAAUGAAAUAAUAAAAUACACAGCACUCUAAAAAGCAACUUCAAUCCAAUAGGGAUGAAAUCACUAGUAUGUUGGAAGAAUUAGAUGAUGAUAAUUAUCUACAAAAUUAGAAUUUACACCAAUACUAAAAUAAGAAUUUUAAUCAUCAAUAGAACAUUAAUCUGUCUGGAGGAUUUUAUAAUCACAUUUAGAGAACAAUUCUGUAUAUUUAUUAAGUUUCAUUGAGAGAUUUAGAUUUCAAUUUUGAGGGUCGAAUAAAUUAGAUAGUGUUGUUUGAUUUAUUCAAAAAUUCGAACAGUCUUUUUGAACAGCAUCAAAUGAAGGGAGUUGAUAAGAUUCUGUCAGAGAUCGCCACAUUAGCCAUUCGAAGUGCUUUGAAAAUAAGUCUAGAUUUUUACUCAAUUGAAUAACAUUUGAGAAUUGAAGAUACUUAAUUGUUGUAAGAAUUGGAGGGAAUGAAGGAAUGUUUUGUUGGAAUGGGCAGUGAUGAAGGUUGGUAAAAAGCCAUGAUCUAGAAUUUUCUGCUCUGGUCCUUGGGCUAUGAUGCUAGUUAAAACCAGUUGAAGGUCUAUCGACAAUCAUAUACUAAUAUCAAUUGUUAAGUGUUCCGAUUUGAUAGUGAAGUGGUCCGGGGAAUAGAAGCCAAUUUAUAGAUGGAGAUGUUGUUUGCCACCAAUGAUGAUGACGAACGUAGAUAUUCUAUUUAAACACAUGAGUAGUUUUUUAGAAACAUUAUCAUUGAAGGUUCUGAAUUCCCUUUAGGAUAUGCUCCAUUCUAUUCGGGACCAGUAGUAAUUAGUUUAAGAUGA